AUGAAUAUGUUGGAUGAUGAAGAUGACCAAAGCUUUCACGCUACGCGUGACGGCUACUCCCAUUUGAGCGAUGUCGAAUGGGAUGCGGUUGAACGAAUGGGUUCGACCAUGGGCAUCCAUGCUGUUAGCGUCAUGCUAGAGGCUCUCAAUAGAGAUGCCCAACAUGCUACUAUUGCCAAGUUCAUUCAAAAUGAACUUGACGCAGAACGCGAGAAAGUAGCCUUGCUUCACCAACAAGGUUCUCAACAAGCAGAGUUGUUGAGAGAACAAGGUGCUCAACAGUUUGAACUGUUGAGACAGCAGCAAGCUGCUGCUGGCGGGUCGAUGCACUCGCGUCGACCCGAGACUUUGAAGAUUGACAUCUCAAAGUAUAGAGGGGUCGAAGAAGACUCCCUCUUGAGAUGGUUCGUCGAAUUGGACGACGCUAUAAGGGCGCGUCGCAUCGACGACGGGGAUAUGCAAGUUGCAUUUGCCCAGUCAAAUCUGGCAGGACGUGCCAAGACUUGGGCACUGGGGCUCAAGCUGCACGACCCAUACGCGUUUGGGUCGUUGGAAGUCUUCAAGUCGCGGCUCAGACAAACGUUUGAACCGCCUAGAGCUGAGUUCAGGGCUCGAACCGAACUCUUGAAGCUCAAGCAGGGUAAGCGUGAUGUGCACGCUUACGCUCAACAUAUACGACAUCUCACGAGUUGUAUAAGUUCCAAUCCGGUGGAUGAACACACGUUGGUUUCGGUGUUCAUGCAGGGUCUUGCGGAUGGUCCCGUCAAGACUCACCUGUUCCGGCUUGAACUAGAUUCACUAGAACAAGCCAUUUCAAUUGCGGAGCAGGAAGACUUCAGUCUGAGACAGGCUCGCGCCAGCUCGACAUCAUAUCGUCAACCGAGACGAUAUGACAACGGAGGUCCAGAGCCGAUGGAACUCUGUUAUGUAGAGAGCGAGAAGUGCCCCUCGUCCAGUGUCUCGCGACACUGGGCGUAG